GUUAUUGCGUGAUUUUACACUAAAUUGUAAUUACAUGUUUAUGCACUGUAAAUUGUAAUAACAUUAUUUUUUUGGUUACUUAGGAGACCGUGUACUCGUACCAGUGGAUGUGUAGACAGGUGAGCGCCAUCUUGUCUUUGGCAGUACUCAUCUUCUAUAUAUACAUCUACAGGAACCUCAGCGUCAUCAACAACCAAUUGCUACUGAAACUGAAAAAACAAAACUCGGAUCUCAAACACCAAAUCAAGGAACUCUCUAAAGAGAUUUCUAUUAUUCGACAUUGCGUCAUGAAUCAGCCCGUGACAGAUUCGGACGACUCCGACGAAGAACCCUCAAGGAAAGGACCCCUUCAAUUGAAGAAGCCUAAGAAGACGAAACAUUUUCGGGUCUUGUCAGCAAAGAACGAUGAUCCGAGUAAAACAUCUACGGAAAUUAAUAAUCAGGAUUUGGGGUCGGGGGAUUACGACGAGGAUUCAGAAGACGAUUUCAGAGAGGAAAGGCCAGCAACUUCCGGUACAAAGACAUCGCUUUCAACUUCCGGUGCCAAUGAAUCGACAGCCGGAAUAGAGGAACCGGAACCUAUUCUCAUUACAGAGGUAGCGGUCACCGCUCCUGUUACAGGGCAACCCAUAGCUACUUCCGUUACAGAGAGACCGGAAAUCACUUCUGUUACAGAGAGUACUUCCGGAAUAGAGAGACCUCCUUCAGGAGAAACGCCCCAGUCAAGAUAUUCUCUGAGGUCAAGCAAUCGUCACGGAUCGCCAACUUAAUUAACACAUAUUGGUGACAGGUCACCUCAUUGUAUUGGUGGUCGGGUGACACCGUGGUUACACCUAGGUGGGCGGGGUUCGAUUCCCCGAUCGGACGUGAAAAGAUACGAAAUCUCCUGCCCAACCACGUGGGUUUUCCCCGGAACCCCUCGCGCUCUUCCAUCCAGAUCAACAAGCGUGAUUUAUAUAGUUGUUAUAACUUGUUUCGCAAAUGUUGUAAAACAAAGUUUACAUUACAUACGACAUGAUAUCCAUCGGGUAGGGUACUUCAUCGCCGAUUUGUAUAAUUUAAAGGUUUAUCGCCAAUAUAUAUUUUUCUCGUUUACGCCGGGAUGAAGUCAGUGUAAAAGUUUAUAUUAUCAUAUAUAAACGUGUAUGCACGUAUAAUUUAAUAUGUAUAAAAUAAUUUAUGCAUACUGCUUCAUAAUGUCUAAGACUAGUAGUAGAGGACUGUGUAUAAUAUAUGUGCAUUGCAACCAUUUUUGUUGAAUUCAAUUUAUUGACUGUAGAUGUCCAUUAGUAGACAGAUUACAUACAAAACGUAAAAGUAGUAUUUGUGGAACAACCUGGAGUUAUAGAUAUACAGCUCUUGUCUCAUUUGCAUCAAAAAUAAAUUUGCCGAGGUGGCUUAAUUCCUUGUUGUUAUUGACAGACAAUAACUGUAUUAAUUAAAACAUUCAAAGCUUU